AUGGCGACCCUAGACAACGCCAACCCCACCAUCCUCAGCGCAUCGCAGCUUCCCACGCGCCAACAACGGAUUCCCCUCCGCACCGGGCCCGACUUGAGAUACAACGAUAUCAUUUUUGAGAAGCCUUCGUAUCUUUCUAGACCUUUCUGCGACGCCCAAGUAGCCUCCUGGCCGAGAACCGAUGCCAGCGACGGUCCCCUAGCCGCUGAGCCGAUAGACGAGCAAGAGAUUUACGACCUCAUCUCUACCAUCUCCGACCCCGAACAUCCCGUCUCGCUGGGACAGCUAUCCGUCAUCAACCUGCCCGAUAUUCGCAUCACGCCCGCGCCCCACACACCCGGUGUCGGGCCAAACACAAUCAUCACCGUGCUUGUAGAGGUCACGCCCACCAUCACACACUGCUCGCUCGCCACCGUCAUUGGUCUGGGCGUUCGCGUGCGGCUAGAGCAGUGCCUGCCUCCAAACUAUCGCAUCGUGGUACGCUGCAAAGAGAACAGCCAUAGCCAGGACGAUCAGGUGAACAAGCAGCUCGGCGAUAAGGAAAGGGUGGCAGCGGCAUUGGAGAACGACACCUUGAAAGGAGUGCUGGACAAGAUGCUCGAGACAUGUGCGUAA